CGCAGACUCCCAAGUCUGAAUGUUCCAAAACCAAUUAUCUUCAGGAAAAGAGAAUGUUCAGCACCUCCAAAAACUGUUAUCCUUUUUAGGCCAAUCACUGCAUAGGACAUACCAUUUCAUGCACAUAUAGUAAAUCUCAGCACUUAUCAAGUCCUAAUUCCACGAGUAGUUUUAUACCCCCAAUGGCAGAGUACUAUAAAGAUCCUAAACCCCAGAAACCCCGAUCCCCAAAGAUUAGUCUCCAGCUCAUCCAUCCACAGCUUAGAUAGAAGUUAGUAGAACUCCUCAGCAGUCUGCUCGUGGCUGCUUGAUCACAUUGGCACCGUCAAGUUAAACUAGCUCCUUCACAUUACCAGCCGGUCAGCCAGCCACUGCCGUUGCCCGCUUGGCGUUUUGGCCGUGUGAUCCAUUGGCGCCAUGGGGUGCACCACCUCAAGGCAGGCCCGUCACGACCUCCGGUACUGCCCGUCGCCGCUGGGGGCGCUGCCGCGCAGCCAGUCGUUCCCGGCUCGGUGCCCCAGCGACGUCGGAGUCCACGUGGUGCGGCUCACGUCGUCCACGCUCGGCUCCCUGGAGCUCGAAAAGGCCCUGCCGCGGGCACCGGAGCCCGCGGCGGCGCGCGCGACCACGAGGCUUGCGCCACGGACGCCCACCAUGACGCCGCCCAACGAGCCCGAGGACAUCGACGCGUGGGCGCUCAUGGCCGGCCUCGAGGACCACUCACCGCUGCUGGCCGCGCCGUUCGGCCGCCACUCCUUCUCGUUCCCGGUCGCCACGGUGCCGCAGGACCUCACGGCGUCUGCCAAGGUGACGCCGCUGCCGAUGCCUCGGCCCGACGCCGCCCUGGUGACCGGUGGCGAGGGGAAGCCGGCGCCGCCGCCGGUGCCGCCGCGGAGAGCGGUGCUCUACUUCACGUCGCUGCGCGGCGUGCGCGCCACGUACGAGGACUGCUGCCUGGCGCGCGCCAUCCUCAAGGGCUACGGCGUGCGCCUCGACGAGCGCGACGUGUCCAUGCACCGCGGCUUCCGGGACGAGCUCCGCGGCCUUCUCGACCUCGGCGGCGGCCCGCUCGCCAAGUGCCGGGCGCCCGCCACGCCCGCCGCACUCCCGAGCCUGUUCGUGGACGGGGAGCUCGUGGGCAACGCCGAGGAGCUGAAGCGGCUGCACGAGACCGGGGAGCUCGCGGCGAGGCUGGCCGGGUGCGAAAGCGCCGCGGCGACCGGCGCCCAUGGCGAGGCCGGCGCGUGCGAGGCCUGCGGGGACGUGCGGUUCGUGCUCUGCGAGGUCUGCUCGGGCAGCUGCAAGGUGUACGUGGACGACGAAGACGAGCCGGAGGAGGAAGGCGACGAAUGCGGCGGCGGCGGGUUCCGGCGGUGCACGGAGUGCAACGAGAACGGCAUCGUGAGGUGCCCCGUGUGCUGCUGCUGAGCCGAGACGUCCGCGGAGCUGGAUACGCGCGACGCGACGUGACGUGAACAAUUAUUUUUUCGCUCCCAGCUACGUGCGCACCACUUGGGUGUGGUGCAUGCUAGCCCUCGGAGUUUUGUGAAUGGUAUUCUGUAAUCAUUCGUGUGCGAUCAACGGCGCGCGGCGAUGGUGCUGUCCAUGUCUGCAUUUUUACAUUGCAUUGCAUGUUAAGAGUGGUGUGUUUUAGAGGAAUUGAGUUCUCCUAGUCUAGUCCAAAUAGUCCAAUAGCGAACAACUGAACAAGGACAUCUUCUUUCGCCGGCCACACCGGCAGUGGACUGCUUCGCCCUGGACGCGUUCCUCCUUUUUGGUUUUUGCUCGCGAAACGGACGGUGGCCGUGGCUGGAGCAGUUGGGGCGCGAUUCAAAGCCGGCGCCGGCGCCGGCGCGGCGCGUUUUUGUAUGCGACAGAGCAAAAGCGAGGCGCAGGAACGGGACAAUUGGAGCAA